UGUGCGGCGCUGAAGGACCUCAAGGCCUCGGCCCAAUCACUCUUCCUCGGAAUCGUUUCCUAUUCAACACUCCAGUACUGCGGCUACCGGCGGUUAAAAGAAGCCGUGAUCGUAGGGAGAGCUGUGAAAGACAGCUGUCACACUCCGGUUUAUUUUUGGAUUUAGUGCAAACACGGGAGCAGCGAGAGUAGCGCCGCGUUUAAGCGCGCUUUCCACCUGAUUCACUGAUCUCCCCGAUCAUCGCGAAACGGGCUUUUUUCCUGAUAUGGAGGCCAGGAGGGAAGAGAACCCCGGCGGCAGGCCCCAGGAUUCUCGACCAUAAGGGUUAAAGCUAACAUUAUUAGCCGAGGCUGCCUGCAGUUGGUCAAAAACAUUUCCACUGUUUUUUUAUACGCGCGACGCCGUGGAUCUCCGUUACAUCCAUUUGUGCUUAGGAGCGCGCUCACUUUUCUGUUAGUUCAAAACACACUUUUUGUUUUGGAAAUCAUCCAUCAACCAUUUCGACCCUGGAAACUUUGGGAAAGUUGUUUUUUUCCCGUUCAUGCCACUUGAACGUAUUGGAUUUCACUGACCCUUUCCAGGUUUUUAAACGCAGUGUUUGACUUCCUCUUUGUGUGCACGUUUCAGUUUUCUCGUAUUGUUUACGCGAGUCCGACAGUCAUUCGGCUAUUGUUGUUGUUUUGGCGCAACGUAAGGACUACCCACAAAGCGUCCCGAUGGAGGAAAAUGACAACAUGGAGUAUUUUUACCAGCAAGUUUUGCAGAAGGACGUGACCCGACGGCUGCAGGUCGGCCCGGAUCUCAUAGACUACCUGAGCGACCCGCAGAGAUCCUGGGAUGUGGAUCAAGACAAAUCCCGCCUGGAUAAAACCAUUGACGAGCUGACGGGAUGGGUGAACUCCAGCAAUUACAAGGUUGCAUUGCUUGGGAUCGAUAUCGUCAUCGCAUUCGUGGAUCGGAUGUCUGAUCGCUUCAGAGGGUACAUUGGCACAGUGGUGCCUGCAUUAUUGGACCGUCUCGGUGACGCAAAGGAUCAGGUUCGAGAACAGGCACAAGUCCUCAUUCUAAAGCUGAUGGAACAAGCAGCAGCGCCCAUGUAUGUUUGGGAGAGGUUGUUUGCUGGCUUCAAACAUAAGAACUUCAGAAGCAGAGAGGGACUUUGCUUAUGCUUGAUUGCUACACUCAAUGCUUAUGGUGCACAGCCGUUGACUUUGAGUAAAUUCGUUACACAACUAUGUACACUAACAGGAGACCAAAACCCCCAGGUGCGGGAGGCAGCUAUAUCAACCCUGGUGGAGGUGUAUCGGCAUGUGGGGGAAAGAGUGAGAGCAGACCUCAGCAAAAAAGAUUUACCAUCUGCACGGUUACAGACUAUUCUGAACCGUUUUGAUGAAGUACUGAACUCUGGGAACAUGGCUCUCAGUCUGAGUCAAGAUCGUAGUUUUGACGAUGACGACUCUGUGGAUGGCAGCAGGCCGUCAUCAGCUCAGGCUGCGUUUAAAGUGCCCAAAGUACCCAAGAAACCUGUGGAGUCUGCCAGCAGCGCCAGAAGACCCAGUGCCCCUGGAGCUCCCAAGACAGGUGUCUCUAAAGAGGGGGCAGGUGCUGUGGAUGAAGAAGAUUUUAUUAAAGCGUUCACAGACGUCCCCACUGUUCAGAUUUACUCCACACGGGACCUGGAGGAUAAUCUGAACAAAAUUCGUGAGGUUCUAUCCGAUGAUAAACACGACUGGGACCACAGAGUUAGCGCUCUGAAGAAAAUCCGAUCGCUGCUGGUUGCCGGAGCAACAGACUAUGAUUGUUUCUACCAGCACCUGCGCCUGUUGGACGGCGCGUUCAAGCUGUCUGCGAAAGACCUGCGAUCACAGGUGGUGCGGGAAGCCUGCAUCACAGUGGCACAUCUGUCUACAAUAUUGGGGAAUAAGUUUGAUCAUGGAGCAGAAGCGAUCGUUCCUGUGCUCUUUAAUCUCAUCCCUAACUGUGCCAAAGUGAUGGCCACAUCCGGCACAGCGGCCAUACGCAUCAUCAUACGGCACACUCACAUCCCACGGCUAAUUCCUCUCAUCACUAGUAACUGCACGUCGAAGUCUGUGGCGGUCAGAAGGCGCUGUUAUGAGUUCUUAGAUCUUCUGCUGCAGGAAUGGCAGAUUCACUCUCUAGAGAGGCAUACAGCAGUGAUGGUGGAAAGCAUUAGGAAGGGAAUCAGAGAUGCAGAUUCAGAGGCUCGAGUGGAGGCCAGGAAGGCGUACUGGGGUUUGCGGGCUCAUUUCCCCGGGGAUGCAGACUCUCUGUAUAACUCAUUAGAACCCUCCUAUCAGAAGACGCUUCAGUCAUUUCUUAAGAGCUCGGGCAGUGUGGCGUCUCUCCCUCAGUCCGAUCGCUCGUCCUCCAGCUCUCAAGAAAGCCUUAAUCGGCCAUUGUCAAAGUGGUCAGCUACUCCUGGCAGAGUGCCGGCAAACUCAAAGACAUCUGGAUCUCCAGGCUCUUUGCAGCGUUCUCGUAGCGAUGUGGAUGUUAACGCGGCCGCAGGCGCCAAAGCGAGACACGGCGGAAAGGCGGCAGCGGCGGGGCGAGUUCCGACAUCCCUGGCCCCUGGAUCGUACGCAUCUCUUGAUGAUGCCUCUGAUAAGGAUGGGCGAUUAAGGACUAAGCAGACUUUAUCUACGGCAUCCAGCAUGAGCAGCAGUCAGGUUGACUCCAGAGGGCGAACCCGAUCAAAAAUGGCAUCCCAGUCACAACGUUCCGACGAUUCCGAUUGCACGCCAGGAUCACAGUCUGCUACCCCUGUUGGUGCGGGUUCUCGCUCCGGUUCUCCUGGCCGGGUGUUAGCCAGCACAGCUCUGAGCACGCUCAGUACAGGAGCUCAGCGUGUCAGUGCAGCUCCAGGCUCUCACCGUCGCAGUCGGAUCCCACGCAGUCAAGGCUGCAGCCGAGACUCCAGCCCCACACGCCUAUCUGUUGCUCCAUCAAACAUCAGCCACAUCUACAAUGGAUCAAAAGGAGUGAGGGGUAGUCGUAUACCACGUCCUAGCGUGAGUCAGGGCUGCAGUCGCGAGGCCAGUCGAGAGAGCAGCAGAGACACCAGCCCUGUGCGCUCCUUCACGCCACUCGCAUCCCGGCAUUAUUCGCGCUCAACUGGUGCUCUUCAUGCCCCAGAUGCCUUUGGGGCAGCAGGCUCUGGGUUGGGUAUGUCUCAGUCCAGUCGUCUUUCAUCCUCAGUUAGUGCCAUGAGAGUGUUGAACACGGGAUCGGAUGUGGAAGAAGCUCUGGCAGAUGCUUUGCUAUUAGGAGAUAUGCGGGGAAAGCAGAAGAAACCUGCUCGGCGGCGAUACGACAACUAUGGGAUGUACUCUGAUGAUGAUGCAAACAGCGACGCAUCGAGCGCAUGCUCCGAGCGUUCCUAUAGCUCCCGGAAUGGCAGUAUUCCAACAUAUAUGCGGCAGACCGAGGAUGUGGCAGAAGUGCUGAAUCGUUGCGCUUCUUCAAACUGGUCUGAGAGAAAAGAGGGGCUGAUGGGAUUGCAGGGGUUGCUGAAGAACCAACGCACUCUUAGCCGAGUUGAGCUGAAGAGGUUGUGUGAAAUCUUCACCAGGAUGUUUGCAGACCCUCAUAGCAAGCGUGAUUCCAGAGGCUUCGGCACGGCAGAAUCCGGUAUCAGUUCUGCCUCCUUUAAGAGAGUAUUUAGUAUGUUUCUGGAGACGCUAGUGGACUUUAUUGCGGUACAUAAGGAAGAUCUGCAGGACUGGCUCUUUGUGCUGCUCACACAACUUCUGAAGAAAAUGGGGGCGGAUCUGCUCGGUUCAGUACAAGCCAAAGUACAGAAAGCCCUAGAUGUCACAAGAGAAUCUUUCCCUAAUGAUCUACAAUUCACCAUCCUUAUGAGAUUCACAGUUGACCAAACACAGACACCCAACUUGAAGGUGAAGGUGGCCAUUUUGAAGUACAUAGAAACACUGACACUACAGAUGGAGCCGCAGGACUUUGUUAACUCCAGCGAAACCAGACUGGCUGUGUCGCGUAUCAUAACAUGGACCACUGAGCCCAAGAGCUCUGACGUCAGAAAGGCAGCACAGUCCGUGUUGAUUUCACUGUUCCAGCUGAACACACCAGAGUUCACAAUGUUGCUAGCAGCGUUACCUAAAACCUUUCAGGAUGGAGCCACCAAAUUAUUGCAGAACCACCUGAGGAACACAGGCAACGCGGCCCAGGCUACAAUGGGAAGCCCUCUUACCCGACACACACCAAGAUCACCUGCCAGUUGGUCGAGCCCCUUAACCUCCCCUACCAACACAUCCCAAAACACACCUUCACCAAGUGCAUUUGAUUACGAUACAGAGAACAUGAACUCUGAAGAGAUCUACAGCUCCCUAAGAGGAGUCAGUCAGGCCAUCCAGAACUUCAGCGUCCGCAGCCAAGAGGACAUGACGGAGCCGCUACGAAAAAGAGAUGGAGAUGGAGAAGAGGGGGGUGUUGAAACGACAGACUCUGGUCGGACAGCGCUGGAUAACAAAACAUCUCUGUUAAAUACUAUGCCACUGCUCUCCUCAAGUCCCCGUCCAACAAAAGAAUACCAGCCAGUCAGCUACUCGGACUCUUCCUUUGGCUCCUCCCCUUUUAAUAAAAGCCUGAAAGAUGCUGAGCAAGAUUCCCUCACAGAUGACAGUGGUGUAGACCAAUCCGAGAUGGUAGCCGAGCUUCUAAAGGAGCUCUCGAACCACAGCGAGCGAGUGGAGGAGAGGAAAGCGGCAUUGUGUGAGCUAAUGCGACUGAUCAGAGAAACACAACUGCAUGUUUGGGAUGAGCACUUCAAAACCAUCCUCCUGCUGCUCCUGGAAACUCUUGGAGAUGGCGAGCAUGUCAUCCGGGCAUUAGCACUGCGGGUGUUAAAGGAGAUCCUUAACAGACAGCCAUGGCGCUUUAAAAACUAUGCGGAACUCACCAUUAUGAAGACCCUGGAAGCACAUAAAGACCCUCACAAAGAGGUGGUGCGUGCUGCAGAAGAGGCGGCAUCUAUGUUGGCCACAUCUAUAAGUCCAGAUCAGUGUGUCAAGGUGUUGUGCCCCAUCAUCCAAUCGGCCGACUACCCCAUCAACCUGGCUGCCAUCAAGAUGCUCAACAAAAUCAUCGACCGGCUACCUAAAGAGGGUCUCCAUCAAUUGCUCCCUGAGAUAGUCCCUGGGCUUAUACAGGGUUAUGAUAACUCUGAGAGUAGUGUACGAAAAGCAUGUGUAUUUUGCCUGGUGGCCGUCUAUGCUGUCAUUGGGGAGGAGCUGAAGCCUCAUCUAAGCCAGCUGUCGGGCAGCAAGCUAAAACUGUUAAACUUGUACAUAAAGCGAGCUCAGAGCGGCUCUGGUGGAAGUGACCAGUCUUCAGACGUAGGUGGGCAGAAUCUGUAGCUCUGCCGUCUUUAUUCAGAACUACAGCACUCUCUUAGUGCAGAGGGACCCUAGCAGGCUUUUUAACACAAACAACUACACACACGCUUGCCUACAAAUACACAAAGCCGCAUGCAUCUACAUUGCUGGACACCUUCCUCUGGCCCCACACCACCUUCCAGUGGGACAUGCUGCGAGGAGGACCAUUGGACUAAACCUCUUCCUCCCAUCUAAGAUCACAGUCGUUCAUGCCAGAGACUCAAAGACCACCGUCUGUGGCUGGUGGUGGUCUGCUUAUGUAAAAACAGUUGUUAUGUUGCCUUGUUAGUGACAAAAAUGUGUGUGUGUCAGAUGCAUUGGGAGAAGGCUGUGGUAUUUAAUGUGUGGAAAACCGAAGUGAAGGGAAGUCCGGCAAGGUGUCAUUCACAACAUUGGAGAUAAUUUCUUUUUAUCAAAGAGUCUUUGGGGAACACUCCGAUUUUUAAAAUGAAAUUAAGAACUCCUCGGUCUGAGCAACAUGUUAUUAACGUUCCUAAUUGCUCACUAUUGAUUAUUAACAGUCAUAUCAGUUCAUAACAGUGAGCGGUUGGUCCAGCUUGCUUUAUCAUAAGGCAUACUUUGCUUGGCUAUAUGCAUGUCAUGAAUUAAACUCGACCUUUCUACCUGGUUGCAGUCAUGGCUUAACGGCCCAUGCGUCACCCACGAUUCUUGGUUAUCGAGAUGUGAUGCCACACCACGUAGGCAAUAUGUAUCUAUAUAUAACAAAGGAAUAUUCAAGAUGAUCUUGUGAAGUCCCGAGGGCGCGUGAAUUCUUUUAGGUAGCAUAGUGUCAUUCUUCUCUGAUGGAAAAUUUGUAGAAAUGUAUUUACGCAUUUAAAUGCUGCAAUUGUCUCGUCACUUAUUUCCUGUAGUGUCAGCCUUUAUCCCUGUGAAAAGCUCUCUCUCUCUCUCUAUCUGUCUCUCUCUCCAUGCCGCAUUUCUAAAGCUGUGCUAACGAUGAAAUUAAAAUAAAGACAAUGUACAGUAAUGAACAAAA